CGCCCAAUUGCUGUACAUGUUAAGUUAGAGAUUAUGUGGUCAGUGUGUGUUGGGUCACCAACUGUACGGCAGGAUGUUGGACAAGAAGACUAGCGUGGGCGUGGGUGUAGGCGUGGGCGUGACAGCACUCACAGGAUGGUGGGCGUGGAAAUACUAUACAUCAACGAGACUUCCGGACAAGUGGGAGGAGGUGGGUGAGGUGUACCAGUUAAGCAUCUUCCCACUUAAAUCAGGUCGAGGUGUGUCUGUGAAAGAGGCUCAAGCCACCACUCAUGGCUUGGCUCACCACACUCUCCAGGACAGGGUGUUAAUGGCAGUGACAGCUGAGGGAACCCUGUUGCCUGGUCGACCCUCAGGGCGACUCCGGAGGGUGAUGACAAAGAUAGAGGGUCACGUAGCUACCUUGGAAGCUGAAGGUCACACUCCAAUCACGGUCGACCUCGAGGAGAUUACCAAGGAGAGACGUAUUAUCCGUACCAAAAUAAUGGGUCAGCCAGUGCAAGGCGUGGACUGUGGGGACGAGGUGGCUGAGUGGCUCACUAAAAUGAUCAACGAGGGGCAGAUGAAGGUUCGACUCCUGUAUAAGGGGAAUGUGGCAGAGGAGAGGGAGGCCCUUAAUGCGGAGAAGUUCAAGUUCAAACAGUUCAGGAAGACAGACAAGGUGUACUUCGCCAACAACACUGCCUACAUGAUGACCACAACAGCCUCACUGGAAAACCUCAACAAGUGCCUCGAUACCCCCAUCACCAUGACCCAGAUUCGCCCUAACAUUGAGAUCGUCGGAACCGCCCCUCACGACGAAGACGACUGGGCCUUCGUCAAAAUUGGCCAAACGAUCUUCAGGAAGCUUAAACCCUGUCAGAGGUGUAUGAGGAUGACGAUGAACCCUUCUACAGGAGACUUACACCCGAAGUCGGAACCUCUCCGUACCCUCCGAACGUAUCGGAAAAUUACUGAGCCGCCCGUGAUGGUUAAGGCGUGGCCCGAUAAGGUUAUAUUCGGUGCUAACUUCGGUAUCGACGUAACUGGCACCAUCCGAGUCGGAGACAAAGUGCUAGUGGCCAGAGCCUCACAGUAUCCGAAGUUUAUGGGGUACUGAACGAUACUCUAUCCUCUCUAUCCCUCUCUUUCUCUGCUUAUAGAUAGGUGAUUGAAUGGAUAAGAGAAAGAUAGAUAAAGAGACACAAGCAGAUAUAUAAAUUAACAAAUGGAUAGAUGGGUGGAUGGAUGGAUAGAUAAUGAGAAAGAUAUAUAUAUUUUGAUGGAUAGAUAAAGAGAUAUAUUUUGAUUGAUAGAUAAAGAGAUAUAUUUUGAUGGAUAGAUAAAGAGAUAUAUUUUGAUGGAUAGAUAAAGAGAUAUAUUUAGAUGGAUAGAUAAAGAGCUAGGGAGAGAGUAUGCCAUUCCAUUGUCAUCAUGAAAGAACCAGCUGGAAUAUGGAUGGUAUUCUCCUCAGUAUCUGUAGUUGGGAAUAACCGUUAUAUCUAGCAACUAUUUGUUAUUUAUGAUAGAAUAUUUCAAGUGUUUGUAAACAUCUAAGUUAAAUUUGAUAUAUUAAUCUAUUAUUAACUGGUGGAAGUUUUUACAUCUAUUGUGAUUUUUAUUCCAAGAAGAUAUUUUAUCGAUGUCUUUGUUGUUGAAAUUGAUAUACUGUACUGUAUACACUCCUGCUAUUAUUCAUUCGUCUAGUUGCUACGCUUUGAAUAAUUUUUGUAUCACGUAAAGAUUAGGCACCCCAGUUUAUCUCGCCUGAUUUACCACGCUAACCUAAUAUGACUUAACGUAAUCCUCCCCCGAUAACGUUGGGAGUGUUUAACCAUCAGUUAAAAUAAGCUGGGGAGCCUAAUAACCCAAUCAUCACGUGAUCCGAAUUUUGUAAAGUAUAAUUCACGUGUUUUUCGUGGAAGAUUUAUCAUGACUGAUCACUUACUAGAUAGUUUUUAUGUUUAAAAAUUAUAUAAAAUUAAUUAAAAAAAUAAUUUAUUAUGAAGUAUUAAUGUUAUUUAAGAAUUAAAAGUCUUGAAACACCAGGACAGUUUCAGCCCUUAACUAUUAAAAACUAGGAAAGAUACUAUACUCUCUUCAAUUUAUUUAUUAAUGUGUGUCCGUUCUACAGCUACUAUGGUUUUUAACCCCUUCACCUAGAGUUGUUGAAGCGCAGUACUGUAAUAACAUUUUAACAGCAACAACCAGCCUUCACUACGGGACGCCACUUUCAACAUUUUAUUUUGGUUAACGCCAUAUGAUUUUACUCAACAACAGACCUCCGUACACAAGGGGAUAAGUACAGUCACCCAAUAAAGUCCUGUCGCGAACCAUGAACCCCGAGAUUCAGACUCUUGAAUCCGAAGCAUUUAUGGACAAUAAUGUAUCAGUGUCUACUGCUUCGGGUUCACGAGUCUGAAUCGUGGUUCGCGACAGGACUUUUUUGGGUGACUGUACAUACAUAACAAUUGAAGACUGUAAUUUAUAUAAGACUUAGAGCAAGAAACCUGUUAUUCAAGAUUUAAUUGUUGAAAUAAAAUAUAAGGUGUGACUA